AUGUUCGCUAAAAUCAACUCGUCCCCUCAUUCAGUGGUACAUAAUUCGAUAUACCCCAAUAUUUUGAAUAUUUGGGAUUCACAAUUGCGUUCCCAAGCAUCUUUAUUAAAUGCACAAAUUAAUAACCCAGUCACGUCAAAAGUUAUAGAAUUCCUUUUUUUAACAUCACAAUGUAAACUUUGGACAAAUGAUAUAAGUGAAACGACUAAAUAUUUUCACAAACCUUCUAAACAUUUUAACCGUUUUGAAAAUUUAUUAUGCAUUUUCCAUUUCUAUAACUUAUCCUUUUAUACAAAUUUUAAAUAUAAUGUUACUGGUGGUUUACAUCCUAUUAGUUAUUUUAUCGUUGACCCCAAAAAAUAUUUUGGUUUUGUUAAAUCACUCAAGAACAAGAAUAUUUUCUUCUUGGAUCAAAUAAUUAGUAACGAUGGUGCUUUUCUUAAAACUUGGAAAGAGAUCAAGAAAUUAUUAAAAAAUAAUCGAGGGCGUCGACCUAAAUGGUAUGAUUUUCUUAAAGAUAAUAUCGUAUUAAAUCCUUCAACAAAUCGUUUACAAUUUACGACUCAAUCUGAUAAUAUGUCACCUGAUCUCGGAUUUCCACGACCUAAAAUAAUUAAGUGUAAUAAUCAUAGCGUUCCUUGUAAAAAUCAAUGGGCAGCUUUCUGGUCGCCACGAGUUUCAUGUAUAGUUUAUGGAAAAAUUUUGGAAAAAUCACACUUUCCUGGAGAUUCACCAAAGGUCUAUUUAGAACAUCAUAUUCCGUUCAAAGAUAUGUCUAAUCCUAAUCAUAACAUAACUCCUCACUCCACACCUAAUUUACUUACACCUUGCACUGGUUGUGAUCUUCAUGAUUCAUUCUAUAUUGGUGACGUUCGUCCCAAGUGCAUUAUUAGUUAUUUUUCUAAUUUUACAAUCACUUUACACGUGAAUAUAUUCAAAAAAGAUAAUAAUCUAUUUAAUAACAUUUUUAUUGUACAUAAGUCUGACAGUGAAUUACGUGCAGAUACUUUUCCCCUCGUUUAUAUAUCCCUUCUAACAUUAAUCAUAGAUUAG